CGCGCCCUUCCCCGGCUCACCUGGCGCCGCGGGACGAGGGCGCGUCACGGCUGAGGCUUAAACUGAGACGCUGCAGCUGCUGCACGUAGCGACCCAGCCCGUUGUGCAGGACACUGGUCAGAAAGCGGCUCGCGCUCCCGCGCGCCGUCAUGGCCGCAGCUCCGAAGCCGUCGAGCCCGGCCUCUCAGUGUGGGGGCGGGACUAACCCAAGGCUUCCGCUUCCUGGAACACUGGCGCCGCGGCAGUUUUGUUUCCGAGGUCGUGGCUAGUGGCGCGAGUGACCCAUGUUGCAGGCAACAGGGGCAAGAGGAAAGUGGUGACUCGGGGCCGGGGUCAGGAGCGGCGGAGCUCCUAGCAGUGGAGCCGAGAAAACCACGCGGCGGAGGCGCGGCGGGCGUCCCUCUGAGCGCGGAGCUCGGCGGGAGCGAAGGAGUGGCGCUCAGGUUGCCUCGUGUCCCCUUGAGGGAAGGAGCGGCGGAGCGGUCCUCUAGCAGGGGGCUCAGAGGAGAGGGACUACGGAAGGGACGCAGGCGGCCGCAGAGAUGAGGACGACGAGGAGGGGCAGUGGAGGGGCGGUAGUGGCGAGGAGAUGAUCGAGAAAAACCGCAUCGGCGAGGGGCGGCGCGGAGGGGAGGCGGCGGGGGCAGCAGCUGUGGAGGACUUCAGAGGUAGGGAACCGGCCAAAGGGACACGGACGUGAAAGGGCCGUGUCCUCUGGCAUAGAUGUGAAGUGGCAAUGUCGAGGGGCUGAAGAGGAUUCAGAGGGAGAAGAGAGCUGCGUGCAGGAUCCCUAGGGUCUGACCUAGUAGUGAAGGCACCCGAACCGGGCACCUAAGGCAUUUCAAGCAGUGACUUCCCCCGUUUGACUAGGAAUGUGGGUCCUCCUCCGAAGUGGGUACCCCCUCCGUAUCCUGCUGCCACUACGUGGGCCGUGGAUGGGGUGGAGGGGCCUGCCACGAAGCUUGGCCGUGGGCCCUCCUCGCAGACGGUACAGGAAGGAGGCUCUCGCCGCCUUGGAGGUACCAGUGUUGCCUGUAACAGCAACUGAAAUCCGGCAAUAUUUGCGGGCCCAUGGGAUCCCCUUCCAGGAUGGGCACAGCUGCGUGCGGGCACCUAGUCCCUUUGUGGGUGCCUCGAAGCUCAAGGACGAGACUGGUGCUGCCACUUCCUUCAGCCUCUUCAUUGACAAGACCACAGGCCGCUUUCUCUGCAUGACCAGCCUAGCUGAGGGGAGCUGGGAAGACUUCCAGGCCAGCGUGGAGGGGCGAGGGGAUGGGGCCAGAGAAGGGGUCCUGCUUAGUGAGGCCCCAGAAGCUGAGGACAGUGAGGAGGUCCAGAGGAUCUGGGACCGAGCCGUACCUCUCUGGGAGCUGCCUGAACCAAAAGAGGCCCAGCUGGCUCGCGUGAUGUUUGGCCUCACCAAAGUGACAGAUGACACACUCAAGCGUUUCAGUGUGCGCUACCUGCGGCCUGCUCACAGCCUUGUCUUUCCUUGGUUCUCCCCUGGAGGAUUGGGAUUACGAGGCCUGAAGCUACUAGGGGCCGAAGGCCAGGGUGACAGAGUGCACUAUAUGGAGACCACCAUCCCCCAGCCUGGUGCCUUCCACAACCUGUUUGGGUUACCCCUGAUCAGUCGUCGAGAUGUUGAGGUGGUGCUGACGAGUCGUGAGCUGGACAGCCUGGCCUUGAGCCAGUCCACAGGGCUGCCCACCCUUGCCCUACCCCGAGGAACAGCCUGCUUACCCCCUGUCUUGCUUCCUUACCUCGAACAGUUUCGACGCAUUGUGCUCUGGCUGGGGGAUGACCUUCGGUCCUGGGAAGCUGCCAAGCUGUUCGCCCGAAAACUGAACCCCAAACGAUGCUCCUUGGUGCGGCCUGGGGACCAGCAGCCCUCUCCCCUGGAGGCUCUGAACCAAGGCUUAAAUCUUUCUCGUAUUCUGCGUACUGCCCUGCCUGCCUGGCACAAGUCUAUCGUGUCUUUCCGGCAGCUUCGGGAGGAGGUGCUAGGAGAACUGUCAAAUGUGGAGCAGGCAGCUGGCGUUCGCUGGAGCCGCUUCCCUGACCUCAAUCGUCUCUUGAAGGGACAUCGGAAGGGCGAGCUGACAGUCUUCACAGGGCCGACAGGCAGUGGAAAGACGACAUUCAUCAGUGAAUAUGCCCUGGACUUGUGUACCCAGGGAGUGAACACGCUAUGGGGUAGCUUUGAGAUCAGCAACGUGAGACUAGCCCGGGUCAUGCUGACACAGUUCGCUGUGGGGCGACUGGAAGAGCAACUGGACAAAUAUGACGAGUGGGCCGACCGCUUUGAAGACCUGCCCCUCUAUUUCAUGACUUUUCAUGGGCAACAGAGCAUCAGGACUGUGAUAGACACGAUGCAACAUGCAGUCUACGUGUAUGACAUUUGUCAUGUGGUUAUCGACAAUCUGCAAUUCAUGAUGGGUCAUGAGCAGCUGUCCACAGACAGGAUUGCAGCUCAAGACUAUAUCAUCGGGGCUUUUCGGAAGUUUGCCACAGACAGUAGCUGCCAUGUGACACUGGUCAUUCACCCCCGGAAGGAAGAUGAUGAUAAAGAACUACAGACAGCAUCCAUUUUUGGCUCAGCCAAAGCAAGCCAGGAAGCAGACAAUGUUCUGAUCCUGCAGGACAGGAGGCUGGUAACUGGGCCAGGGAAACGGUAUCUACAGGUGUCCAAGAACCGCUUUGAUGGAGACGUAGGUGUCUUCCCACUUGAAUUCAACAAGAGCUCUCUCACCUUCUCCAUACCACCAAAGAGCAAGGCCCGGCUCAAGAAGAUCAAGGAUGACAAUGGGCUAGUGGCCAAAAAGCCCUCUUCUGGCAAAAAGGGGGCUGUGCCCCAGAUCUCUGAGACUCACUCUGACCAGGCCCCCAACCCCAACAAGCCAGAUCUCUCCAAGCCUUCAAGGUGAAGGCAUUGCAGAGCUGGAUGCUGAAAUGAGCCUACCAGGACAGGCUGGGGUAGAGACUCUUAGUCCUCUGCUAGGGCUGCCUCUGUCCUGUAGUUGUGACCUAUGGGCCCUUCUCAAUCUGAGGGGCCUAGCCUAGGGCAGGGUUUCAUUGCAAGAGAAUUCAAUUUAGCAAAUAUUUGAGAACCUGCUGUGUGCCAGGUUUUGUUCUGCAUCCUGCGAAUAUAGCACUGACAAGACAGAUGAGGUCCCUGCUUCCACAGAACCUGUAAUGUGGUAGAAGAGACAAGAUAAGCAAUGAACAAAUACAUACAAAACAUAGUUUUAGAUAGUGAAAAAUGCUCUAGAGGAAAAAAUACAGUAAUGUGAUAAUGCUUACAGGCUAGUUUAGAUUAAGAUCUGAAAAGGUGUCUCUGAGCAGAGGACAUUUGAGCUGGGGCCUCUGAAGAACUAGGAUUGAGCCAUGUGAACAUCUGGAGAAAGGAGUCCAGGCAGAGGGAAAAGUAAAUACAGAGGCCCUGAGGUGGGAAUGAGCAAGUUGAGGUAAAAGCAGUGGGGAAGCUGGAAAGGGGAUAGGGGACUUCUUGCCAAAACUCCAGCCCAGGCUUUCAGAGCCAAGGGGCGACAUGGUGGAUACCAAUCUCCUCUGCUCCCCACUCUGGAGCCUGCCCUGAGGUAGUGCUUACUACCAUUGGAUCUAGGUGCUCAGCCCUUAUAAUACCAGGGACAGCCACAAAGGUGGAAGCCUGGAAGAGAGCCAUGGAAGGGAGCUGUUAGCCCAGGGUGCCUGCCACCUAGACACUCAUUCCAUGGUAUGCUGCCUUGGACUGCUGGAGUGGCUACAAUCAUGACGUUGUAGAGCCUUUUCCAGUUUUACUGAAAAAAGUUUCCAUUGCCUUUGUUUCUGUGCUUUUUCUUAUUUGACCACUGGGUGUCACCCCAGUCUUUAACUGGAUUUUCCUCUCACUUUGAAUUGGGAGCAGAUAGGUCCCCUCCCCCACCCUGUCUGAGCUGCGCACUCCCAAGAAAGCAGGGGUAUUAAAGGGUCUUCAUGCAUGCACACCCUUACAUCUCUUUGUGGCCUAGGGAAGACAGGAUGGUGCUUCUUUAUCUGUCUUCCCUGAGGAUCUCCAUGUGAUCCCUGGCAGAGGUGCGGAUCACUGGGCCCCAUGCCUAAGGCUUUGCCUGACCAGCUGUACCUCUGUGACAUGAGCCACUCACUGACCUCUCUUCGUGGACCCAAGCUCAGCAUAUUCUUAUCUGGCCACCCCCCACCCACCCCAUACAUUUCCCUCCUCUUGUACCCUCUCAGCUUUUCUCUUAUGUUAGUGUGUGUCAGAACUGGGGCUCUUGUUUAAAAAUGCAGAACCUAUUUUUUUAACAUCUUUAUU